CUGUUCAGCCUGCUGCUGUAAUCAGCUCGCCAAUCAGCUGCUUGGCUUGCAAAUACAGUACCAGAAGAGCCUCACUCAGGCUACAGUUUACAAAUGUGACAUUUGUCAGAGCUGCAGCCCAAAGUGCCACACGCAUUCCUUCUGAAUGCAGUCAGAACGAUGGGGAACUGUCACCAGAAAAUCAACAGGAAGGAAAAACCUGCAGAAAAAGGAGAAGAAACAUUCUAUGCAGAUGUAAAACCUCUGGAAAACACGAUGCCCAAAGAAGAACUACUUUAUGCUACAAUUGAUCAUGGCAAUCCUUCCAAAACUGACCAGCCAAUCAAAUUUGAAGAUGAUUCCUGUGCUUAUGCUCAGGUCACAGGUCCAGCAGCAGUAACGAUAAAGAACUCCAUGGAUGACUGUGAUUAUGCUCAGGUUACAGUGCCAGCAGCCAAAACAAUAAACAACUCCAUGGAUGACUGUGAUUAUGCUCAGGUUACAGUGCCAGCAGCCAAAACAAUAAACAACUCCAUGGAUGACUGUGAUUAUGCGCAAGUUACAAUACCAGCAGUAAAAACAAAAAACAGCCUUGUGGAAGACUGUAGUGAUGACUAUGUUCUAAUGGGCUAACUGAUAGAUAGAUAGAUAGAUAGAUAGAUAGAUAGAUAGAUAGAUAGAUAGAUAGAUAGAUAGAUAGAUAGAUAGAUAGAUAGAUAGAUAGAUAGAUAGAUAGAUAGAUAGAUAGAUAGAUAGAUAGAUAUGCUGUAGGGUAUUUUAAAGAUUAUGAAAUACUUUCUUCUGACUUGACAGCUAAACAUCUUGCACCAGUUCCGACAAUUAUAGCUCUGUUGGCAAAGAAGACACAAAUUAUUUCAUGUCUAUUUGUUGAAAAACAUUAAUGAUAUGGACCCUGUUGUCAAUAUAGUCUUUUUUGUUUUUUAUUUUUCAUAUUAUAUUUGGAAAAAUAUAUAUGUUCAAGAAAGAUUCUGAGACUCUUUAUGCUUUGUUGUGAAGAAAUCCUUUGACUUUGAAAUAUUUUUUGCAAGUAAAUUUUUGUGUUUUUGUAUUGUAUUAAUUAAUCAUUAAUACAAUAAUUAGGAACUUCCAUUAAGAUCUGAGAUUCUAUAACUAGAGAAUCCAGUAUGAAUAGUUGUGUGCACUAUUGUUAUUUUUAUACUAUAUUUAUUUGUCAAUAAACAUUUUCCAUAUCUUA